AUGGAUUGGAAGACCUUCCAAGCCCUCCUAAGUGGGGUGAAUAAGUACUCCACUGCGUUCGGCCGUAUCUGGCUCUCUGUGGUGUUUGUGUUCAGGGUAAUGGUGUACGUGGUGGCGGCAGAACGCGUGUGGGGCGAUGAGCAGAAGGACUUUGACUGCAACACCAAGCAGCCCGGCUGUGCUAACGUCUGCUACGACCACUACUUCCCCAUCUCCCACAUCCGCCUGUGGGCCCUGCAGCUCAUCUUCGUCACCUGCCCCUCCUUGAUGGUGGUGAUGCAUGUGGCGUAUCGCGAUGAACGUGAGCGGAAGUACCACGCCAAGCAUGGCAACAAGGCCAAGCUGUACGAGAACACAGGCAAAAAGCACGGCGGCCUCUGGUGGACCUACCUGCUCAGCCUCUUCGUCAAGACAGGCAUCGAGAUCUCCUUCCUCUACAUCCUCCACAAAAUCUAUGACAGCUUCUACCUGCCCAGGCUGGUCAAGUGUGAGGUCAGCCCCUGCCCCAAUCAGGUGGACUGCUACAUCGGCCACCCCACAGAGAAGAAGGUCUUCACCUACUUCAUGGUGGGCGCCUCGGCCCUCUGCAUCGUGCUCAACGUCUGUGAGAUCAUCUACCUCGUCUCCAAGGGCGUCACUCGCAUGGCACAAAAGAUGAAGAGAAGAGAGCGCACCUUGGCCUUGCAUGAACGGUACAACAAGGAUAAUUCCUGCAGCGCCUGCAGCACUCUACCUAUGUCUCGGCUGGAGAAACAAUCCUUAAAGCCCCAGUUUCCAGGCCACCUACAAGCCACCUUACCGGCUCACAUGCAUGCGUCUGCCCCUAACCUGUCCUAG